AUGAAGAUCGUGACAGUCAUCGCCUUCUUGGCGGCGGCCGGCGCCAUCGCCGACAACGAGCCAGAGGUGCCCGGCCGCAUUGACCUGGCGCCCAACGCCCUGCCCAUGACCAUCAAGAGCAAGGGAAAAGGGCGCGCCUCCAAAAAGGACAGCUGCGACAAGUGCAUCCUGCGCUGCAACGAUCUCGCGGCCGAGAUUCACAAGUCCCUGGCGACUGACGCGCUGGAUCGCUGCAACAGCAAAGUCUGCGGUCCUUUUUGCCCAAAGAAGCGUCUGAUGACGAGAUCCUCUUGCGUCUCUCGGUUCUGCAAGGCCAUCACCGUCGAUGUAGACAAUGAGACGGACGAGAAUGCGACCGCGACAGUCAAUGCUGCAACUCCGGUCGUCAAGAAUGGAACCGUCAACCUGGCGGCAAGGAAGGACCGAGCGUGGUGGCCCAAGUGCCUGGUACCUCUCUUUUGCUGA